AUGUUCCACCCAGCACCUGCUCCUCCGGUACCUCCUCGUGGAGGCAUGAGGUCACCUAUAACACCCGUUUUCAACGUCCCGCACAAGACACCAUGCGACGACAACUCUGUUGAUUUGUCUAGACUUUUGGCAAGAAAGCCUCCUCCACCACCGGUCCGGUCAAAGAAUUUUGUUCCUGCAACUCAGAUUGUGACUCACAUUCGACCAGUGGCUUUUCAUCCCCCGCCACUAAAUUUAUCCUCAAAACCUGUCGUGGUUGAGGAAGACCCGGUGCAGAUAGUAGCAACUCCCUAUCCUGAAAUUCCCUCAUGUCUGCAGUGCAGAGAUUUCUCCAAAGUAGACGCACAUGCAGCACUAUUCCCAAGAACAUCGGUGCAUUCCUUGCAAAAUCUGGCCCUUGGUCUAGAGGAACCUUUCGAGGAUGAGGUGGACAAAGCGAGAGUCAUCUUCACGUGGCUACAUUGCAACAUAGCGUACGAUGCUGUAUCCUUUUUGACUGGCAAUGUGCAGCCUUCGACUCCUGAAUCAACAUUGGCGUCCGGUCUGGCAGUGUGCGAGGGUUACGCAGGCUUAUUUGAACAGCUUGGAGAGCUGAUGGGUUUGCAGGUACAUACGGUGUCAGGGCACGGAAAAGGGUACAGCUACCAGCCACUUAAAGCAGGUGAUGCGAUCCCAGAGAAAAGCAGUGGCCAUGCAUGGAAUUGCAUUCUCCUCAAUGGUGAAUGGCACUUGGUCGAUCCUUGCUGGGGGGCCGGAGUAUUGACUGGGAGCGGCACAUACGAAGCCAAGUUCUCGCCUCACUGGUUUAUCUCAUCCCCCAGCGAGUUCGGACGAACACAUUUCCCUACAGAUCCUUCCUUUCAGCUGACGCCCGAGCAGACCACAUGGGAAGAGUACAUUCUAGCACCAGAGACACCGGUUAUAACGUCCGAUUUUCAUCUGUAUGGAUACCACCCAAUGUUCUUGCAACCUUCAGAAAAACAUGUACCAGAACGACAAUUCGUGCAAUUUAGUGUAUCGAAGAGAUGCCAACAUGCAUCGAUGGCAGUUGCUGAUAACUAUUUGCUCGUGAUCAGUACCAAUGACAAAGACUUCGUUCCCCUGGCCUUUAGUGAGGAACUCGAUGCAUGGACGGUUAACAUUUUCACUCCAAGGAAUGGCGACAUCACCUUGUAUAUCGUAAAUUCCGUCAAUGCUCAAGAUGCAAGGGGUUUAAGCAUUGAAGGAUUUGGCAAAGCCAAAGGUCGGAAAGUAAUGGGUUUCAAGGGCCUCGCGAUGUGGUCUGUGGCCCACUUAUGA